AUGGAAGACGCCAUGGCUCCUCCUAGUUCUGGUUCUUCCAUACAGAUGAUGCUUGGGGAUGUGAUGAUGCCCUUGUGGAACGGCCGCGUGUGUUGGCCGUCCGAUGACAUGCUUGCUGUUUGUCCUUACCGAAGCGCAGGAUUUGGGUCUCACUUGGUGCUUUAUUUACACAUAGUUUUCCACAGACCAGAUGCAGAGGCUUUGGUUAUUUGGAGAUGGGAGGAAGACGAGAGAAGAUGGAAGUCAAUUUAUUGGGAGUAUUUGGCGAACUUCAUAGUAAACCGUAACCUUGUACAAUUUAAGGAUUUGAAGGUGCGUGAUGUAGUUGGCGUUCAUCCGAGUAGGCCCGAAAUCGUCUUCUUAGACUGUUGUUGCCCUUUUGAUACCAUUCUUGAGUGCAAUAUGAGGACGGGAAACCUACAAGUCUUCACUGAUACAAGGAAUUGGAGGACGUUCUUCCAGCCGAGGUUUACUUGCUGGCCUUCCCCAAUUCCAGGCUACGAGAAACUGCAGAGUAUGUACGAUGGACAGCGAUCGUUGACUCCCUAA